GGGUUGCCUGUAAGAACCUGAUUUCUGUUUCUCUGGUCAUCCUGGAAAUGCUGGUGUCCCAGGUGCCAAAGGAGACCCUGGUUCUCCUGGUCCACAAGGUACUAUGGGAUUUCCUGGUCAGAGAGGUGUUAAGGGAGAUCAAGGAUUAAGAGGGCAUUCAGGAGAUAAGGGUGAUAAAGGUUCAAGAGGACCCAACGGUGAAAAAGGUGAUCAGGGUCCAAAAGGAGACACUGGGCAUCACGGAAUAGAUGGACCACCAGGAAUAGAAGGACCUGAAGGACCAAAAGGAUUUGAAGGUCCUAGAGGAGAAAUGGGGCCACCUGGUCCUCCUGGAGAGAAGGGAAAACCUGGUAUCCCAGGCUUUCCAGGUUAUCCAGGAGCCCUAGGACCAAAGGGAGAAAAAGGUUCUUAUGGUAAACCUGGUGACAAAGGAGAUAAAGGUGAAAGGGUAUGUAAUCAUUUUUGUAAUUAAUGGCAAAGACUAUGAAACAUUACCAAACGCUUGAAAAUGGCUCAUAAACAGUCCAGUAAGCAGAAGUAAAUCAUAAGAGGGCUACAGGGACAAACUAAAAAAGUUAUGACUAAUAUUUUUCUCUUUUCUAGCCAGCACUAUGUCUAUUAGUUACAGUCCAAGUGUUAAAAAAAAGUAACAGUAACUUAAGUUUACAUGUUAAAGAAAGUAGACUCUAGGACAUUAGGCUGAUUCCUUAACUACUUUGGCCAUCAAAUAUUAUUUUCCAUAGUGAAGAAUACUGUUGGCUAUACU